AUGCAACAGCAGAAGCAGUUCUUGCUGCAGCAGGAGCAGCAGCGAAAGCAGCUCCAGCACCUGCUGCAGCAGCAGCAGGAGCAGCAGCGUCUGCUGCAGCUGGCCGUGGAGAGACUCGAACAGCUACGGAAGGAGGAAGACAGAGACAACAGACUGCACCGCAUGGAAGCCUGCAAGCACCCCCGGCAGCAGCAGCGCGUGCUGGCACUGCUGCAGCAAAACUCCCUCCGCAUGCACAAAGAGAGGAAGCUGCUGAUGCAGCAGCUACAGCAGCAACUCGACAGCUACCAAGCCCAGCGUCAACAGCUCCAGCAGCUGCAGCACCAGUACCUGCAGCAGGAAGAUUAUCAACGCUCUCUCCAGCGGCAGGCGCUGCAGCAGCAA